GGAAAGGUAAAGCGGCGACGGCGGCCUCAGGAGCUGUGGGGUCCCCGGCUGGAGGUGGGGGACUCAGCGGGUGAAUCAUUUCAUACUUCACGUUUGAAUAAAUAUGUGAAAAUCCCUGUCAACCUGUGAGAAUUUCUUCUUUCGACAUUUUUGUUUUACUUCACAACUUUCUCAGAAGUUCUUUCUUGAUGCCAUGUUCUGUGGCUUGCAUCAAAAGAGGAGUUUGUCUUCAUGAAGAUUCCUAACAUUGGUAAUGUGAUGAAUAAAUUUGAGAUCCUUGGGGUUGUAGGUGAAGGAGCCUAUGGAGUUGUACUUAAAUGCAGACACAAGGAAACACAUGAAAUUGUGGCAAUCAAGAAAUUCAAGGACAGUGAAGAAAAUGAAGAAGUCAAGGAAACGACUUUACGAGAGCUUAAAAUGCUUCGUACUCUCAAGCAAGAAAACAUCGUGGAGCUGAAGGAAGCCUUUCGUCGGAGGGGGAAAUUGUACUUGGUGUUUGAGUAUGUUGAAAAAAAUAUGCUUGAAUUGCUGGAAGAAAUGCCAAAUGGGGUUCCACCUGAAAAAGUUAAAAGUUAUAUCUAUCAGCUAAUCAAAGCUAUUCACUGGUGCCAUAAGAAUGAUAUUGUCCAUAGAGAUAUAAAGCCAGAAAAUCUCUUAAUCAGCCACAAUGAUGUUUUGAAACUGUGUGAUUUUGGUUUUGCUCGGAAUCUAUCAGAAGGCAAUAAUGCUAAUUAUACAGAAUAUGUGGCCACCAGGUGGUAUCGGUCCCCAGAACUCUUACUUGGAGCUCCUUAUGGAAAGUCUGUAGAUAUGUGGUCAGUGGGCUGUAUUCUUGGGGAGCUUAGCGAUGGACAGCCUUUAUUUCCUGGAGAGAGCGAAAUCGACCAACUUUUUACUAUUCAGAAGGUGCUAGGACCACUUCCAUCUGAACAGAUGAAGCUCUUCUACAGUAAUCCUCGAUUCCAUGGGCUCCGGUUUCCAGCUGUUAACCAUCCUCAGACAUUGGAGAGAAGAUACCUUGGAAUUCUAAAUAGCGUCUUACUUGACUUAAUGAAGAAUUUACUGAAGUUGGACCCAGCUGACAGAUACUUGACAGAACAGUGUUUGAAUCACCCUACAUUUCAAACCCAGAGACUUUUGGAUCGCUCCCCUUCAAGGUCAGCAAAAAGAAAACCUUACCAUGUGGAAAGCAGCACUUUGUCUAAUAGAAACCAAGCCAGCAAAAGUACUGCUUUGCAGUCACACCACAGAUCCAACAGCAAGGACAUCCAGAACCUAAGUGUGGGUCUGCCUCGGGCUGACGAAGGUCUGCCUGCCAACGAAAGCUUCCUAAAUGGAAAUCUUGCUGGAGCUACUCUUAGUCCCAUGCACACCAAAACCUACCAAGCAAGCAGCCAACCUGGGUCUACCAGCAAAGAUCUAACCAACAAUAACAUACCGCAUCUUCUCAGCCCAAAAGAAGCCAAGUCAAAGACAGAGUUUGAUUUUAAUAUUGACCCAAAGCCUUCCGAAGGCCCAGGCACAAAGUACCUCAAGUCAAGCAGCAGAUCUCAGCAGAACCGGCACUCAUUUAUGGAAAGCUCUCAGAGCAAAGCCGGGACACUGCAGCCCACUGAGAAGCAGAGUCGGCAUAGCUACAUUGACACUAUUCCCCAGUCCUCUAGGAGUCCCUCUUACAGGACCAAGGCCAAAAGCCACGGGGCGUUGAGUGACUCCAAGUCUGUGAGCAACCUUUCUGAAGCCAGGGCCCAAAUUGCAGAACCCAAUACCAGUAGGUACUUCCCAUCCAGCUGCUUGGACUUGAACUCUCCUACCAGCCCAACCCCUACCAGGCACAGUGACACAAGAACUUUGCUCAGCCCCUCCGGGAGAAAUAAUCGAAGCGAGGGCACUCUUGACUCACGCCGAACCACAACCAGGCAUUCUAAAACGAUGGAGGAGUUGAAGCUGCCCGAGCACAUGGACAGCAGCCAUUCCCAUUCUCUGUCUGCACCUCAUGAAUCUUUUUCUUAUGGACUGGGCUAUACUAGCCCCUUCUCUUCCCAGCAGCGUCCACAUAGGCAUUCCAUGUAUGUGACCCGGGACAAAGUAAGAGCCAAAGGCUUAGACGGAAGCUUGAGCGUAGGGCAAGGAAUGGCGGCCAGGGCCAACAGCCUGCAGCUCCUAUCACCUCAGCCUGGAGAACAGCUCCCUCCAGAGAUGACUGUGGCUCGAUCUUCUGUUAAAGAAUCUUCCAGAGAGGGCACCUCUUCGUUCCAUGCAAGGCAGAAGUCUGAGGGUGGAGCAUAUCAUGACCCUCACUCUGAUGAUGGUGCCGCCCCCAAAGAAAAUCGGCACCUGUACAAUGACCCUGUUCCAAGGAGAGUUGGCAGUUUCUACCGAGUGCCAUCUCCUCGUCCAGACAAUUCUUUCCAUGAAAAUAAUGUAUCAACCAGAGUUUCUUCCCUACCAUCAGAGAGCAGUUCCGGAACUAACCACUCAAAAAGACAACCAGCAUUCGAUCCAUGGAAAAGUCCUGAAAACAUUAGUCAUUCCGAACAACUCAAGGAAAAGGAGAAACAAGGUUUUUUCAGGUCAAUGAAAAAGAAAAAGAAGAAAUCUCAAACAACAGAUUCCACCAACGGGGAGAAUCCAAGCAUCAAGAAAUCCCUCUUUCCUCUUUUUAAUUCAAAGAAUCAUUUAAAGCAUAGUUCUUCUUUGAAAAAGCUUCCUGUAGUCACUCCACCCAUGGUGCCCAAUUCUGACGGCCCCGAUCUUCUAACAUUACAGAAAGCCAUUCAUUCUGCUAGCACUCCGAGCAGCAGACCAAAGGAGUGGCGUCCUGAGAAGAUCUCUGAUCUACAGACCCAAAGCCAGCCGUUAAAAUCACUGCGCAAGCUGUUACAUCUCUCUUCAGCCUCAAAUCACCCGGCUUCCUCAGACCCCCGCUUCCAGCCCUUAACAGCUCAACAAGCCAAAAAUUCCUUCUCAGAAAUUCGGAUCCACCCCCUGAGCCAGGCCUCUGGCGGGAGCAGUAACAUCCGGCAGGAGCCCACACCGAAGGGCAGGCCAGCCCUCCAGCUGCCAGCUGUAUUCCCCGCCUGUGUCCGUGUGCCUGUCAUAGAGGACCUGACCUCUGGCUACUUCCGUUUUCUGUGACAAUCCAUGUUGUGAUAAAAGUUCAUUCAACUUUCCAGCAAGGGGCUCCGAUCAGGCAUCUGUUCUAACUGGAUUUAUUCGUGUAUCCUAAGACCUGAGGAUUUUUUUUUCUCCACCUGGAAUUUGAUAUGUUUGUAUUUGAGAGAAUACUGAGCAAGGAAAGCAUUUUUCCAGCUUCAAGUAUACAGGGGAUUAGAAAGAUGGUGGGUUGAAUAUAAUGCUGUUCUAAGCCCAAAACACCGGAGAAGAGAUUUGGGGCUUUUAGGAGGCUUCCCACUCACAGAGAAGGUGAAUGCAAUGUCCAAGAUUGUGUUAGUGUGAGUCCAUUCAAUUGGCUUGGCAUUUGAAAACAAAACGUAACUUGGGAAAAUGAGCUGCUAAUAGAGACUCAGCUGUGUCAGGGCCAGGACAGUUUUGGAUUCCUGGGUCUUGACAAACGGCCCUCAUCCGCUGGUUUCACCCCCUCUCUGCUCGGGCUUUCAUAUACCUCUCCUUUCCACUCCCCAUGUUAUCCACCCCUCCCAGGGAACGGCCUGAAAACUCAGGCUGAGCUAUAAAUGACAGAGGAGGCUUAGGCUGUGGUCCCUGAAAAGUCCCUGCUUUAUGCACUCCCCUCGGAAGGCCAGGCCCAUUCCUAGCCCCAUCCCUCCCAAGGCCAUUUCAGCCUCAGGAGUAGGCAUGGUUGUGUGUUCUAGGGCAAGGGGGAGAGGUUAAACAGUUGGGUCGUGAGAGACACAGCCACAUGGCCCUCCUUAGGACAUAGGGUCUGACCACUUCCUGCAAAGCAUGCAGUUAGCUAAUGGGCUUCCUCUGUGUAGCCAGUGAUAGCUCCUGGGCUAGCUGUUUUUAAAAUGUUAAGCUUGUUGAAAAAUGGUAGCCCUAGAUAGGGGGAAAUUCUGGUGAGCUCUGGUCAUUUGGCUUUCCUAAAUAUAGAGAACUGCUACUUACAUGUGCAGCCUGUCCCAUGUAUUCACCCAGAUAGUGACCACAGGCUGGAAAAAUUUGCUAGAAUAGAUCUGUAUGUAAUAAGAGCUCUGCAACCACCCCCUCCCUAUCCUUGUGUGCGUGGGGGUGAAAGCUCAGAGCAGAGGAAGCCCUCUUACCUGGGGGGAUUGGUUGUGCACAGCUCCCAGGAGACCAGGAACAGGCUCCCAACUGCUCUACUCAUCUCUGACAACCAGUCACCCAAAACCUUGCCCCCUGCAUGCCGGGUGCUCUAAAAGUCCUAAAAGGUCAUGAUUCACUGAAAACUUAAAAGGAGAAACCGUAAGCUUGCUCCCCAUUUGCAUUCAAAUCAAGGUUUUAUGAAACUCUGUGUUCCUAAAAAAAAGAAGAAAAAAAAAAACCUCUAUGUUCCUGUUUUUAGUGUGGUAAAGCAAAAGAGUUUUUAAAUUAUCUGGGCUCUUUUGUGUUCCCUGGGACCACACCUUUCACACUGUCAGACCAAAACCAAAAAGAAAAAGAGAGCAGCAAAAUUACCCCUGCUACUUAGGCUUUUAGAUGAAAACUAGUUUUAGGGACGUUUUCUUUGUUCUUAUUUUCUUUGGCAGUGAGUGGGAAAUACGCUCGUUUUCCUUUCUCUUUGAUUGAAAUGGGAAACUUGUUUUUUUAAAGAAAUUAUUUCUGCCAGGCUCUGCAUUGAAAAGAGCUUGUAAAAUACAGCUGCGUUUGUCACCCUGUUGGAACCCUGUC